UCAUCUCUUAGAAAUUUUUCGUGCACCUGUGCCAAUUCAUAAGUCUGGAGAAAUGCAUCAAGAGUACGAGAAACAAAAGAUGAAGGGUGGAGGAAGUGAAGAAACUGAAGAGAGGAAGAAAAAAAUCCACAGAAAAGAAGAGUGUGGGAUGCUGAAACAUUGUCAAUAUCCUUUUACCGUGUUUCAGUUCUGUGGAGUGUCUGACUCUGAGAAUGAAGAGCCGGUGGGAAAGAGGACCCGACAUGUUUCAGCAUUUGUGCGAAAAACAAGAUGCUCCCCUGCUUUCAAUAGAGG